CAAUGGGUAAUUUCAGGACAAAUUUCUGAGCAUGAUUGUCGGACGAUAAGUUGUAGCUCUAACCAGUAUAUAGACAUCACAUACGCCCAUUAUGGAAUCCAGUACUGGUGUGAUGCUUCCAACGAGGUGGGUGUACUGGACGGCAAGUGUUACGGAAAGGAGUCCUGCUCCAUCUGCGCUACCAACAGUUGGUUUGGUGACCCAUGUGUAGGAACAUUCAAAUACCUGUGGUACAACUUUGACUGCAAAAGUCGAGCUGUGAACGGAAACUGGGGAAGCUGGAGUAGUUGGGGAAGUUGUACAAGGAGCUGUGCCAGUGGAACUAAGUCGCGGUCCCGUUCCUGCAACAAUCCAGCGCCCUCUAACGGGGGAUCUUAUUGCUCCGGUUCUUCUACGUCAUCCACUUCAUGCAACACUCACAACUGUCCUGUUCAUGGUGGAUAUACAUCGUGGUCUUCAUGGGGAGGCUGUUCUAAGACCUGCGGGAGUGGAUCAAAAUCACGAACCCGAUCUUGUACGAAUCCUGCUCCUGCAUACGGUGGUAACGACUGCAGUGGAGCAUCAUCAGAUUCUACAUCUUGCAAUACUCACAACUGUCCAAUUCACGGGAACUGGGCCAAUUGGGGUUCAUGGGGAACAUGUACAGUCACGUGCGGUGGUGGAACAAAGGUCAGAGCUCGCACGUGCACGAAUCCUGCCCCUCAGUAUAGUGGUAAUGACUGUGCGGGCGCCUCGUCGUCUUCAACUGACUGCAACACCCACAAUUGUCCAAUUGACGGAAAUUGGGCGACAUGGGGAAGUUACGGCAGCUGUACAGUGACAUGUGGAGGUGGUGUUAAGUCCAGAUCACGCACCUGUACCGCUCCUGCCCCACAGUACGGCGGCGCAGCUUGUGCUGACUUCUCGUCAUCAUCACGAACAUGUAACACCCAUAAUUGCCCGAUUGACGGAGAGUGGGCUGUUUGGGGAACUUGGGGAACGUGCACUGUGACAUGUGGGGGUGGAACACAGACUCGGUCUCGAACAUGCACGAAUCCGUCUCCACAGUAUAACGGCGUCGACUGCCCAGGAAGCGGAGGAUCUUCUCAAGACUGUAACACGCAUCACUGUCCGAUUGACGGAGUUUGGGCAACGUGGGGGAGUUGGGGAACAUGCACCGUUACAUGCGGGGGAGGCACUCAGGACAGAUUCCGCACUUGCUCGAAUCCAAAUCCUCAGUAUGGUGGAGCGGAUUGCCCAGGAGCCUCUAAUAGUACCCAGGAUUGCAAUACCCAAAUAUGCAUAAUUGAUGGUGCGUGGGGUACAUGGACGUCCUGGGGAGCUUGUUCAAAAACUUGUGGAGGUGGUAAACAGUCACGAAGCAGAACUUGUGAUGAUCCUAAACCAGCCAAUGGCGGCAAAGACUGUUCUGGGUCGUCUGCUGACUUCCAAGACUGCAACAGUCAAGACUGUCCAACACCUGCACCAGGCCAGUACCAACAGCUCUGUCCGUCCGGGUAUUUCACAUGCAAGUCGGGAGGGAUGUCUUGUAUCCAGAGCACCUUCCAGUGUGACUGUUCAUCGGACUGUGACGAUGGCAGUGACGAGGAUGCCACGUAUGCAGGGUGUACCAAUACACUAGAAUGUCUGGCCAAAGCUAGUGCUGAGAACCUCAGCUUGAAUGCAUAUCUUGUGACUUUCAGAAUGCAGUUCAUUGCCUUUGUGACGGUAGUGUUUUCAUUUGGACUUCCCGUGGUGUAUGCUGGCAGUGGGCACAUAGGAGAGAAUGCCUGCUACACAAUAAAUUGCGGCAGUAACGCCUACAUCGACAUUACGUACGCCUACUAUGGGAUCAAAUACUGGUGUGAUGCCAACAACGAAGUAGGGGUUCUGGACGGUAGAUGCUACGGGAAGAGCUCGUGUUCCGUAUGUGCUACCAAUAGCUGGUUCGGGGACCCGUGUGUAGGAACAUACAAAUAUAUGUGGUUCAACUGGGACUGCAAGAGUCGAGCCGUGAACGGAAACUGGGGUGGUUGGGGUAGCUGGGGAAGUUGCAACAGGAAUUGUGGCAGUGGAACGAGGUCACGGUCUCGUUCCUGUAACAAUCCUGCGCCGUCUGGAGGUGGACAAUAUUGUUCCGGUUCUUCUUCCUCGUCCUCGUCUUGUAACACCCACAACUGUCCAAGGAAUGGCGGCUGGAGUAGUUGGGGGUCUUGGGGAUCCUGUACUAGAUCUUGCGGAAGCGGAACUAAAACACGAACACGCUCGUGUAACAACCCAUCUCCUGCCUAUGGUGGUAGUAACUGCGCCGGGUCUUCAUCUCAUUCAACAUCCUGCAACACACACAACUGCCCAAUUCACGGUGGUUUUUCCUCCUGGUCGGCAUGGGGAGCCUGUACAAAAUCUUGUGCUAGCGGAACAAAAACUCGAACACGAUCGUGUACAAACCCGGCACCUGCAUAUGGUGGAAACAACUGUGUUGGGGCUACAUCAAACUCUGCUUCCUGCAACACUCACAACUGUCCAAUUCAUGGGGGCUACACUUCAUGGUCCGCUUGGGGAUCUUGUAGUAAAACCUGCGCCAGUGGAACCAAACUCCGAACUCGCUCUUGUACCAAUCCAACUCCGCAAUAUGGCGGUAACAACUGCGCCGGAUCAGCCUCGAAUUCCGCUUCUUGUAAUACUCAUAAUUGUCCCAUACACGGGAACUGGGCAGCUUGGGGCUCCUGGGGCACCUGUACGGUGACAUGCGGAGGUGGAACAAAGGUACGAGGACGGACGUGCACAAAUCCUGCCCCACAGUAUCUCGGUAAUGAUUGUGUCGGCUCCUCCUCCUCCUCAACCGAUUGUAAUACUCAUCACUGUCCAAUUGAUGGAAAUUGGGCGACAUGGGGAAGUUACGGCAGCUGUACAGUGACAUGUGGAGGUGGUCUCCAGUCCAGAUCACGCACCUGUUCUGCUCCUGCCCCACAGUACGGCGGCGCAGCGUGUGUUGACUUCUCUUCAUCAUCACGUACAUGUAACACCCAUAACUGUCCGAUUGAUGGACAGUGGGCUUCUUGGGGAUCGUGGCGCACGUGCUCAGUUACAUGUGGUGGAGGAACUCAAACACGAUCUCGAACAUGCACAAAUCCACAACCACAAUAUAAUGGCGCCAAUUGCCCAGGAAGUGAUACAUCAUCUCAAAACUGCAACACACAUAACUGUCCAAUCGACGGAAAAUGGGCUUCAUGGGGAAGCUGGGGCACUUGUACUGUAACUUGCGGUGGGGGAACACAGGAUCGGACACGCACGUGUACAAAUCCUUCUCCUCAGUAUGGCGGAGCCAAUUGCCCAGGAAGUUCAACGAGCACUCAGAGUUGUAACACUCAAGUUUGUAUCAUCGACGGAGCUUGGGGAGCUUGGCAAGCAUGGGGCUCUUGUUCCAAAACCUGUGGGGGUGGUAAACGAUCUCGAGCUAGAAUUUGCGACAAUCCCAAGCCAGCAAAUGGUGGUCUGGAGUGUACCGGUUCAUCCGGAAACUUCGAUGACUGCAACACCCAGGACUGCCCAACCGUUGCAGCUGGAACAUAUCAACAGCUUUGUCCAUCCGGAUAUUUUACCUGCCAGUCGGGAUCGAUGACGUGUAUUCAGAAAGUAUUCCAAUGUGACUGUGCGUCGGACUGUGACGAUGGAAGCGAUGAAGAUGCGUCAUACGCCGGAUGUACUAACACCGAGGAGUGUUUAGCCAAGGGCAGUGCCGCCGACGUUGCAUCAUCUCUUGCUCUUCUUCUGGUAAGCGUCAUCCUAGCCAUUGGCUACACGAUGUGAAUGCGAUAACAUAUCUUGCAUUGAAUCAACUCGGGGAUUUAUGUUUUAAUCAAAAUCAUUUUAUAUUAAUUGUAUGCACAUUAUACCAGUAAAAUCCUAUUAUUUAUAUUUUCUUCUUUAUUUUGUUAAACUUAAUAUGUAUCAUUAAG